AUGUCGAGCAAAUCUGCUCCAAAAUCAACAUCAACGCCAAUUGCUGGUAAUAGUUGUAAGCUCUGCCGUGAGCCCGACAUUCCUGAAAUGGUAGCUUGCGACAAAUGCUCCACAUGGUUUCAUUUCCAAUGCGUCAACAUCGGUUCUUCUGUUAACGACAGAAGUUGGGUAUGCGAAGCCUGUCAAAGGUCAUCAAGCCACCAUUCACCUGCUCGUUCCAUCAUCUCCACUGUGGCGUCCAAGGAAACAUCCAAAUCCCGGGAAAGAAGAGAUCUUCUCUUGAAAAGACUCGAAGAAGAAAAAGUCCUUCGAGAAGCAAACUUACAAAAGUACUUAACAGAUAAGUACAAAAUUCUCGAAGAACUAAGCAGUUCAGAUGAAGAAAACAUCCAAGCAGCCCAACCCAAGCAACCUUGUUCCAUUACAAGUAGAAAACCCUACACCAAGUGGUCAAAUUCACCCUACCUAUUCCGAACCUCAACAAAAUACGCUUUUACCAUCUCAGUUAGCGACUCGACAAGUGAUAUCUUAUUGCCAUCGAUGGUGCCAGAUAUAAUUAAAACUCUUAGAAUGCGUUUCGGUAGACCAGAGCACGUACUUCACGCCAUGAUUGCCAAAGCAAAAAACCAAGCACCUCCUAAAGCUGAUAAAAUGGAAACGCUUAUAGAAUAUGCGCUCGCGAUCCAAAAUGUGUGUGCCGUAAUGGAAGCAUCACAGAUGACAGCCCACUUGAACAACCCCACGCUUCUCAAGGAAUUUGUUGAUAAGCUUACUCCACAUCUUUUGUUGAACUGGGCCCUAUUUUCAAAAGAUUUACAAUCACCCACACUGCCAGAGUUUUCAAAUUGGUUAAGCGAAAUUGCGGAAGCUGCUUGUACCGUCACAACGCCAAUCGUGCGCACAGACAAACUGGAACGACGUAGUAAUCACUUCUUCACUCACGACGUAGUCAAAGCACCUACAUCAAACAUAGAUCGUGAAAGUAGCACGAGAAAAUGUUAUGUCUGUAACGAUUUCCAUCCAUUGGAUUUCUGCUACGAAUUCAAACGAUAUGGACGUUCUGAAAGAUGGAAUGCCGUAAAAAAGAACAAUUUAUGUCACACGUGCUUAAAAAAACACCCUCACGCGCGAUGUCGAUCAACACUAUUGUGUGGAGUGGAGGGAUGCACAAGAAAACAUCACAAGCUUUUACAUAAUUCAGCUGCUGAUAGUACUCCCCCCAGGAUGCAAAUUGGCUCAACUUUAGGAUGCCAUUACAACCGCUGCGACGAUAAUAUACAAAACAAUAUACUUUUUAGAAUUAUUCCAGUGAAGCUUUAUGGAAUCAAUAAAACAUGUAACACCUUUGCUUUCCUGGACGGAGGCUCAUCCCUGACGUUGAUUGACGAUGAACUCGCUUGUAACCUGGACCUUGCAUCAGGGAGGUCCGAAAAUCUUUGUUUAAAGUGGACUUCCGAAACUACACGCGUUGAAGAAAACUCACGUAUCGUCACAUUGGGCAUAUCAGGUUCCUCUGAAGGAUGCCAGAGAUUCACCCUCCACAACGUUCGCACCGUAAACAAUUUAGGGCUACCAAAACAAUCCGUAUCGAGUCAUAUUAUGCAAAAUCGUUAUUCGUACAUGAAAGGUUUGCCAAUUCCUUCGUAUGACAUGGCUCAACCAAGAAUUCUUAUUGGAAUGGACAAUUGGAAACUUGGCGUAUCAAUGAGAGUGUUUGAAGGCAACUGGUCCGAACCAAUGGUGACUAAAACGCGCCUAGAGCUUCAUCAACUUGUAGAAAACUUCUUUUCAAUUGAAAACAUCGGUGUACGCAUUCCAACGCUUCAAAUGGUAUCCACAGAAGAAAAAAAGGCCAUCAGAAUUCUUGAAGAAACGUGUGUUCGUAUCGAAAAAAAAUAUGAAGUCGGUCUUCUUUGGAAGUACGAUAAAUUCAAUUUGCCUGACAGCUAUUCCAUGGCGUUUAAUCGUUUUCAAAUACUAGAUCGAAAAAUUCAAAAGGAUGUUCGGCUGAGUGAAAAUUUAAAUGAGCAGAUUUUGAAUUUAGUAAGCAAAAAUUAUGCAAAAAAAUUGUCCGAUGAUGAGUUAAAAGUGAAUCGCCGUGUUUGGUACUUACCAAUUUUUAUAGUGAGAAAUCCGAAUAAACCAUCAAAGGUAAGGCUCGUGUGGGAUGCAGCUGCGAAAUGUGACGGUGUUUCACUUAACGAUUUUCUCUUGAAAGGGCCAGACCAAUUAGUACCAAUCACAAACGUCCUAUAUGGUUUCCGUUGUGGAAGGUUCGCAAUUUGUGGCGACAUAGCCGAAAUGUUUCAUCAGGUGUCAGUGCGCAAAGAAGACAGGUCGGUUCAACGUUUUUUGUGGAGGGACAAUAAAGCAAUGCGUGCUCCUAGUGUGUAUGAGAUGCAAGUUUUGACGUUUGGUGCUAGCUGUUCACCGUGCAUUGCUCAUUAUGUAAAAAAUCAAAAUGCAUUGCGUUUUUCAAGAACAAAAUCAAGAGCCGUGGAGGCUAUAUUACAACAUCAUUAUGUAGACGACUUCAUCGAUAGUAUGGAUUCCAUAGAUGACAUCAUUCAACUGGCUAGAGACGUUAAAUCUAUACAUGCAGAUGCCGGCUUCCAUAUAAGGAAUUGGAUGUCGAAUUCUACCACCGUCCUUGAAGCGCUGAAAGAAGAUGGAACGCAAACGAAAUCAACAGCUUCCUCAAAGGUUUUUGGAAUGCAUGAUACAAACAUGGUGGCAACCGAAAAGGUUUUAGGCAUGCAUUGGAAUACAUCGUCUGACACGUUUACUUAUGUUUUAAACUUGUAUAGCCUUAACAGAAAAGUUAUUAUUGAAAAUAAAGUGCCAACAAAACGUGAAGUUCUUAAAAUAUUGAUGUCGAUAUUCGAUCCACUGGGAUUUCUUUCUCACUUUCUUGUUUUUGUAAAGGUGCUCCUACAAGAUAUUUGGCGUUCAGAAUUAGGUUGGGAUGAUGAGUUACCUGAAGCUUUAUAUGAAAGAUGGUUGAGGUGGCAGAUGUUGUUGCCUCAAGUUGCUGAACUCCAGAUUCCAAGAUGUUAUUCUCUGAACUUGAACCAAACUAAAACGUCAAUUCAACUUCACACAUUCGUCGAUGCAAGCGAGAAUGCAUAUGCUGCCGUGUCUUACUUUCGCGUUGAAUACGAAAAUAAAAUCGAAACGGCCAUAGUAAGCGCUAAAACCAAAGUUGCUCCAAGGCGACCAUUAUCAAUUCCGAGGUUAGAAUUGCAGGCUGCUGUUCUAGGGGUGAGACUUAUGAAUUCGAUAUGUAACGCACAUCGUUUUUCCCUAAGUCAGAAAUUUUUAUGGUGUGAUUCAAGGACCGUGCUGUCGUGGCUUCGUACUGACCCUCGAAAUUUUCAACAGUUCGUUAUGUACCGAGUAGGUGAAAUUUUGGAGUCUUCUAGUGUUUUGGACUGGAAGUGGAUUCCCUCCAAAAUGAAUGUGGCAGAUAAGGCAACAAAAUGGAAUUCAGAUCCCAACUGGGAUUCAUCCGAUGAAUGGUUCAAAGGACCUGCUUUUCUUCACAAAAAUCAAAGUGAAUGGCCACAAAUGCCACAAAUAGAAACAAUAGACAGAAGUGAAUAUAGACCUUAUUUGCUGCAAAUUAAUGCAAUUAAAAACUCAUUGACGGUAGGAAGACGAAAUGAGAAAAGAUGGGGUGCAUUAUUCACCUGCCUAACUAUUCGAGCAGUGCAUGUAGAAAUAGCUCAUAGUUUGACUACAGAUUCAUUUAUCAUGUGUCUACGGAAUUUUAUGGCUCGUCGUGGGACACCUUUGGAGAUAUAUAGCGACAAUGGUACCAAUUUCCGAGGCGCAGAAAAGGUGUUGAAAGAGGAAUUAAAACAGGUUGACUUGGGUCGGGUGGCUGAUGAGUUCGUGACAGCAGAAUUAAAAUGGAAUUUCAAUCCACCGACCACUCCUCACAUGGGAAAGGCUCGUACGAUCAAUAAAAACCAUGUGACUGAUGAUGAAGCGCUAACGCCAAACCAUUUCCUUCUCGGUAGUUCAAAUGGAUUAAAAAUACCUUGUGAUCCGGUAAAUUUGGAUUUGCGAAAGAGUUGGAAAAAAUCACAAAUGUUAGCUGAUAUUUUUUGGAAGAAAUGGGUUAAAGCGUUCCUACCAACACUCAAUAAGAGAUCAAAAUGGUUCAUCAAAACAAAGCCAAUUUCAAAGGGUGACCUGGUUAUCAUAGUAGAUAACGAACUGCCAAGAAACUGUUGGCCAAAAGGACGAGUAGUUGAUGUUGUUACCGCAAAGGACGGACAGGUACGCCGAGCAAAGGUUCAAACGGAGCAUGGUGUGUACGAGCGGCCUUCGGUGAAGUUAGCAGUUCUAGACAUUGCUGGCAGGGAACAAGAGAGUAAGCCAGAUACGGGUUGUAGUCAGCUUACUGGGGGCGGUAUGUUAGCGACAUCUGCAUUGUCGCA